AUGGAGUCUGAGAUUCAACUGAAAAACGAAGAAUUGCUGUUUCUGGUGGCGUGUGUUUGUAACUUCUGGUCCGUCUGCUUGUGUGUGUGCGUGUGGCUGGAAGGCAGAGCUUUGAAGGGAGGUGACGGUGGCGGUGGUGGUGGCGGUGGUGGUGGUGGUGGGAUGCGGACAGGUGGGAGCUGGAAGUGCCAAUUGUCCCGGACCAUGAGGCUGGUCCUGCGCUGGUGCCGGCCCCACAGAGCAGCGCACAGGGGAAGGGUGUCUCAGCUGUGGAGCUACACCAAAGUGAUGCUGAAGUCUCUGUACUACAACAGCCUGACCGACUCGGACACGCUGUUCGACUGCAUGUUCGAGCCCAUCUACUGGAUCGUGGACAACAUCACGCGCUGGUUUGGAGUGGUGUUUGUGAGCCUGGUGGUCCUGCUCACGUCCUCGGUGGUCAUCAUCAUCUACCUGUUUGUGAUGCCCGUCAUCCUCAGCACGUACCCGCUCUACUGGAGCUGCUGGCACCUGAGCUGCGGACACUGGCUCCUGCUCAUGGUGGUCUUUCACUACUACAAGGCCACCACCACCACAGCCGGACACCCACCCAAGGAUAAGGUCCAUGUUCCUUCUGUGUCCAUGUGUAAAAAGUGCAUCACUCCAAAGCCUGCCAGGACGCAUCACUGUAGCAUCUGCAGCACAUGUAUCCUGAAGAUGGAUCACCACUGUCCCUGGUUAAACAACUGUGUGGGCCAUUUUAACCACCGUUACUUCUUCUCCUUCUGCCUUUACAUGACGCUGGGCUGUGUCUACUGCAGCAUCAGCAGCCGCCACCUGUUCCUGGAGGCCUACGACGCUGUGGAGAGCUACUACCAGACCCCUCCUCCAGAAUUCACCUUUAAAGAGACCACUGCUCACAAGUGCAUCAUCUUCCUCUGGGUCCUGACGAGCUCUGUGACGGUGGCUCUGGGGGGUCUGACUCUGUGGCAUGCGGUGCUUAUAACCAGAGGAGAGACCAGUGUGGAGCGACACAUCAACAAGAAGGAGAUCCGGAGGCUGCAGGAGAAGGGCAGGGUCUUUAGAAAUCCUUAUCAUCACGGAGGACUGAACAACUGGAAGCUGCUGUUUGGAGUCGAAACAAGAAGUCACUGGUUGACCCGGGUGCUGCUGCCCUCCGCUCACCCCCCCAAAGGAGACGGCAUCGUGUGGGACUGCUUCUUCAGCCGCAAGGACCCCAUGGCCAUCUGA